AUGUCCUUCAUUCGUUUUAAAUUCCUUUUUAAAAAUGUUCUUUCGGUUUUAAAUUUCUUUCUUCAAAUUUCUUUUCUUCGUUUUUUGAUUUCUUUCUUUAUCUCUUUCAUUCGCUUAUUUUUCCUUUCAUCUUCACCUCUCUUUCACGAUAUUUUGUAUUCUGUUAUUCCUUUCUUUCUUUCUUUCUUUCUUUUCUUCUUUCUUUCUUUUCUUCUUUCUUUCUUUCUUUCUUUUCUUCUUUUUUCUUUUUUUCUUUCUUUCUUUCUUUCUGUCUUUAAGUCCCUUUUCUUCGUUUUUAAAUUUCUUUUAUUAUCAACUUCAUUCGUUCAUUUUCUUUCAUUCUUUCUUUCAUUCUUUCGUUUUCAAUUUACUUUAAUUCUUUUCUUAAGUCUUCACAUCUCCUCUUUCACGAUAUUUUUCUUCACAUUUCUUUCACGAUAUUUUGUAUUUUGUCAUUUCUUUCUUUUUUUCUUAAUAUUUCUUUCUUCGUUUUUAAAUUUAUUUAUCACUUUCAUUCGUACAUUUUUUUUCUUUCAUUCUUUCAUUUUGAAAUUUCCUUCAUUCUUUUUUAAAUCUUCACCUCUUUUUCGCGAUAUUUUGUCAUUUUUUCUUUCUUUCUUUCAUUAUUUUCUUUCUUUGUACAUUGCUUUUGUUUUUUAUACUUCAUCUCCUACUUUCUACACCGUAUCUUCUUUUUAUGUUUCUCUCUAUCUCUUUCAAGGACAAUAUCGACUCUCUUUUCUUCUUCACUUAACCAAUCACCAAGUCCCUUGCGCUGCAUCAAACUACGCUAUCGAUGAAUUUUCCUAUCUAUCUAUCUAUCUAUCUAUCUAUCUAUCUAUCUAUCUAUCUCCUUGUGACAUUAUUACAUUAUUUAUCUGUCCAUGGUUUUUCCUAUCUAUCUAUCUAUCUAUCUAUCUAUCUAUCUAUCUGUAUGUUACAACACUAUCUAUCUAUCUAUCUAUCUUACUGUGUGUCUUAAAAUAUCUAUAUCUAUCUAUCUAUCUAUCUAUCUAUCUAUCUAAUACAAUCUGUCCCUAUCUCUCUAUCCCAUUGUGGCAUUAUUACAUUUAUGAAUAA